AAAUACGUCACUACUCAAUAUAAAAAACGAGUCAAACUCAACCUAGCCUUAACUCGGGUCAUCUUUAAAUAUUGUGUUCCCUGCCGCUUUGUGUUAAUGGUGUUGUUCACUCUAAAACAUAUAAAAAACAAUAUCCUCUGAAAAGUUAAAAAAAAAAAAUGCAAAUUUAGUGAUUUCCCAAUAAAAAAAAAAAAAAUCCCGGUUCUUGAGUCCUUGACCUACAACGAAAGGCCAACAUAAAUAAAUGAUCAACAUUCAACACCUCUCCUCUUGAAUCCAAAAACCAACAUUAUUCCUUCUGCUUCUAGGAUGACGAAAAAACGGAACCGCACCAACAUUGAUACGGCAGUUGCCGAUAUUUGCCGCCGUGAAGUCGGCCGUAUUUCUUGCCGGAAGUUUGCCAACCGCCUUGCUGCAUCUGAGGAUCUAGUGUUGAGAUUUGAACUUUUGAAGAAGCUAAAUAAACACAAAGGAUGCGUGAACACCGUCAGCUUUAAUCCAGAUGGAGACGUUUUAGUGUCGGGUUCUGAUGACAGAAAAGUUAUACUUUGGGAUUGGGAGACUGGGAAUGUUAAACUCUCCUUUCAUUCAGGCCAUGGUAAUAACAUCUUUCAAGCAAAGAUCAUGCCUGGUACUGAUGAUAGAAGCAUUGUUACUUGUGCUGCUGAUGGCCAGGUAAGGCAUGCUAUGAUCCCAGAAUGUGGCGAAGUAGAGACAAAAUUGCUUGCAAAACAUCAAGGAAGAGCUCACAAACUCGCCAGUGAACCCGGAAGCCCACACAUCUUUUAUACGUGUGGUGAGGAUGGUUUAGUCCAACAUUUUGAUCUAAGGACAGGAAUGGCUACAGAACUUUUUAGUUGCCGACCAGUGCCCGAUAGAAGUUUUGUAGGAGUUGUUAAUCUAAACUCUAUAGCUAUUGAUCCAAGAAACCCUAAUUUGUUUGCGAUUGCUGGCUCAGACGAGUUUACUCGACUAUACGAUAUCCGUCGAUAUAAAUGGGACGGUUCAGCUGCUUUUGGUAAACCGGCUGAUUAUUUUUGCCCCAAACAUUUAAUCGGUGACGAGAACUUGGGGAUAACAGGAUUAGCAUUCUCGGAUCAGAGUGAACUUGCUGUAUCCUACUGUGAUGAACACAUUUAUCUUUUCCCAAAAGGCACGGGUUUGGGGAGUGACGUAAAUGCAAUUUUUGCUAAUUCUAUGGGUUCUGAUUCCGAGAUGGAAAUUGAAGAUGACGUUGGUAUUAAAGUCUACAAGGGGCACAGAAACUGUGUGACGGUUAAGGGUGUUAACUUUUUUGGACCUAAAUGCGAGUAUGUUGUGAGCGGGUCUGAUUGCGGGCGGAUGUUUAUUUGGAGGAAAAGUGAUUCGGAGCUUCUUCGCGUUAUGGAAGCAGAUAAGCAAGUGGUUAACUGUAUUGAACCCCACCCGCAUAUCACUAUGCUUGCUAGCAGUGGGAUUGAACGCGAUAUAAAGAUUUGGACACCCACUGCAGUACAAAAGGCAACUCUUCCCGCAAGGAUUGAUAAGGUUUUUGAGCCUCGCCGUUUUCGUUUCUUUCCUUAUCUUGAUUCCGAUUCUGAUGACGAGUAUUACUCCAAUGAGUACAACGAUGAUGAUACUUCCAGUAAUCAGAGUGAUAGCGUGGACGAUGAUGAUUUUGACGACGACGAUGAUGAAUAUGAUGACGAUGACGGUGAUGAUGAUGAUGAGGACGACGAUGAAGAAGAUGCUACUUCUGAUUUUGUCAUUGAGGAUGAAGUUAACGAAGAUCCACGUGAGGAUGAUACUGAACUUUUUGACAGUGCUAGCAAUGAGGAAUAUGGCGAUUCCCUUGAUGAUUUUCGUGAUGAUGAACAAUGACGAAGGUGGGCUACGUUGUGAUCGUUGUAAAAGUAAGUCGGGUGAUGGUGAUGAUGAUGGUGUUUUGCAGUUUGUGUUUGUUUGACAUCAUGUCGCAACUUCUUUGCUACGCGAACGAGCAUCUGCUCAUAUAUACAAUAUGGCGACUGAAGAUGAUGUGAAGAAGAAAAGAUUUUGAAUGAAUAAAAAUGUGCCUCAGAUCGUAUAUAGAAACUAGUAGAAAGAUAUGAGUGGACUUUAACUUUAGUUAUUCACUUAUAAAUUAUACCUAGUGUGAUGAAUGUUUUUGAGAUUAAAAUUACACGGAUAAAUCUACGUCGUAUAUGUUUUUAAAAAGUUA